AUGGCUGCUGUGCUCAUUCGACCACCAAGAGACACUCCCACCCCUCCACCGAUGCCUUCGACCACUACAUCAGCUCAGCCUCUUUCAGUGCCCGGGGUAUCUUCAACUACCCCGAUUUCAAUCCCGAAUAAACACAUGCCGGCCGUGGGACCGAACUAUUCAAAUCCCGUUACACCCCCAGCUUCUCCUCGUUCAGAGAACUCUGAAGAAGCGAAUGGCUGCAUGAGCUCAUUGCUAUACCCAGCAGACGACUACCCAUCUGUUAAUAGCUCUCCACCAGUUCGUGCUAUUGAUGCUGCUGGAGUUGCGGCCUCCAUGAACUUUACUUCAAGACAGCCGUUGCCCAACAUCAAUGAUAUAUUUCCUUGGGCUCAUGGACUUCAUCAAGAUAACAGCAUACAAUUAGCUUUCUUUUUUGCCCGGAAAAGGGCAAUGCGAAGGGCCCCCACUUGCUACCGCGGUGUCGUUGUGGUAAAGGUUGGAGACCAGACACAUUCAAGAUUGAAGGGUUCAAUUGCGCCAGAAGAGAUACUUCACCCAAGUUUGACUGAGAAUGCCUUUCUUAAUAUCGACCCAAAAGAAGGGUUCAGUGUUCGGAAUUUCCAUAUACAGGUUGCAAAGUUCGCCUGUUUAUCCGAUAUUAUCGUCUAUGGGGAAGAGGACGAGGCUGGUCAGGCGGAGGUUCUAAAAAUUGCAAAGCGCAUCUCAGCAGCUCAGCUCUACUACAGAGCACAAUUCCAAGGGAGCUCUAAUCGCGAGUUCCCAAUAUACAGCACGUUCAUUAUCAAAAGUCCAUUCUCCAUGUUUGAGAAAUUCUUCCCAGAGAUUGUUACUACCGAUUCCAAUGGUCGUUUGACAGGACAAGUUAUCGAUUUUUGCCAUUGGGAGCGAGUGGAAAUGUGCACGAUGUCUAAAGCAACAGAGUUUUCCAAGAAUGUUUGGCUAGGACCAACUGCAGAUGCUGGAGUGCCUUCUGGAGAUGAUACACCCCGUUAUAACCUUCUUAUUGAGGCCAGUGAUCAAGCAGCGAUGCCUUCAGUAGAAACUCUCGGGGAUUUGCAUCAGGUUAUGGAGAGCACAGAAACGACGCAGGUACUUGUGUUUCCAGGAUCUGGUACUAUGCAAUACGCACCGAGAUAUUCGACGGUUGAGAUCGAUGGUAUAAUUGACACUUGUCGCCUCAUCCACUCUCUUGCAAACGGGAGUCAAGCAGAUGAAGAUCACGACGAUGACGGUGACCAUCUUAUGACUACUCCACGAGAGCCUCGAAAAAUACUUAUUCAUUGCACCGAUGGGUAUACGGAGACCUCUCUAUUAGCUUUGGCAUAUCUCAUGUACGCUGAAGGACUCCCCGCGCACGCAGCAUGGGUCACUAUGCACACCACCAAAGGCCGCAACUUCUUUGCCUAUGAUAGGGAUCUUCAAUUUCUCAGACAUAUCGAGAGCCGAAUUCUUGAAGCUGCGGCCGAAACCAAUGGGUACUGUCUGAACUAUACAGCUUUGACACCCCCUGAAUGGAUUCAUCGUCUAGAUGGAUCACUACCCAGUCGUGUUCUGCCCUAUAUGUAUUUAGGAAACUUGCAACAUGCCAAUAACCCCCAGAUGCUCGCUGCUCUGGGGAUCAAGCGUGUCUUGAGUAUUGGCGAAGAGCUCUCGUGGACUGACAAAGAGAGGCAUACCUUCAACAAAGAAAAAGCAAUGGUUGUUAGGGACUUGCAGGAUAACGGAUGUGAUCCUCUAGAAUCACAAUUUAGGAACUACGAGGGGCGUCGUGCGAAUGAACCAAUUCUUGUUCACUGCCGGGUCGGUGUUUCCCGUUCCGCAACUAUCUGCAUUGCUGAGGUUAUGCGGGCACUUAAACUUUCACUUCCUCGGGCAUAUUGUUAUGUACGGGCACGCCGUCUCAAUGUUAUCAUCCAGCCACAUCUACGCUUUAUGUAUGAGCUACUUAAAUUCGAAGAGACGAUGCCAUUCAAAAAUCGACACGGUUCUAAACGCGAGUUAGAAUGGCACCAUAUUGCCCGAGAAGUUGCGACUAUGAACCGACCAUACACUCGACAAAACUGA